AUGAAUGUUCAAGUUGAAGUUAUCUCCAAGGAGAUCAUCAAACCCUCUUCUCCAACCCCAAACCCUCUUCGCCAUUACAAAUUGUCUUUUCUUGAUCAAAUAUCUCCCCCAUUAUAUACGUCUGUUGUUCUUUUCUAUGAAUUCAACAGAGAGACCCAACCCACCAUUACUGAAACAUCAAAACACCUUAAGAAGUCCUUAGGCGAGGUCUUAACUCUUUUCUACCCACUAGCCGGGCGGGUGAAAAUCCACGACCAUUUUGUAGAAUGCAACGAUGAGGGCAUCUCCUACCUUGAAGCUCAAGUAACCAACUACCGACUUCAUGAUGUUCUCAACAAUCUGGUCCCUGAUGAACUCAAUAAAUUUAUCCCAUUUGCACUGGACGAGCAUAUUGCAAAUGAAUUUGCCCUCGGUGUCCAGCUCAAUAUGUUUGAUUGCGGAGGCUUUGCCAUUGGUCUAUGCAUUUCUCACAAGCUUGCAGAUGGACUGUCCAUGCUCAU